GCGCUACAAGCAAAAUGCUAACCUAUUGCACAUGUUUUACCCAUCUACCGAAAGCAAACCCGAAAUAAAAGAACCUUUAAAAUCAACAGGAAGUGGCCCGGUAACAGGGGAAAGGGAAACCUUUAAAAGAAAUCCCAAUGCACACGUUUGAUAUUCCGGAAUUUUACAGGAGCUCCAAGAAAAUAACAAACCUCUAUUCCGCAUGCGCGAAAACGGAGGCCGGCACGCGGGGAUUCCACUUCUAUCCGGUUGCGGAGAUCGGGAGCCAUUUUGGGAAAAGUAACUGCGCCUGCGUAACAUGCGCCGGAAGCCGGUGGCCCGUGGAUAAGACUCUGGGCAGCCCCGCGUGUGGCCCUUUUCCGUGUGAGCCAGCGGAGGGGAGCGACUAGCCUCCAUAAUGACGGACUGGGAGACAGCCCCUGCUGUGGCGGAGACCCCUGACAUCAAGCUGUUUGGGAAAUGGAGCACUGAUGAUGUGCAGAUCAGUGACAUCUCCUUGCAGGAUUACAUUGCCGUGAAAGAGAAGUAUGCUAAGUACUUGCCUCACAGCGCCGGCCGCUAUGCUGCAAAGCGCUUCCGUAAAGCUCAGUGCCCCAUCGUGGAGCGCCUCACCAACUCCAUGAUGAUGCAUGGACGCAACAAUGGCAAGAAGCUCAUGACUGUCCGCAUCAUCAAGCAUGCCUUCGAAAUCAUCCAUCUGCUCACAGGAGAGAACCCCCUGCAAGUCCUGGUGAAUGCCAUCAUCAACAGUGGCCCUCGUGAAGAUUCUACCCGCAUUGGUCGUGCUGGUACAGUGAGGAGGCAAGCUGUCGAUGUCUCACCUCUGCGCCGUGUAAACCAGGCCAUCUGGCUACUCUGCACUGGGGCACGUGAAGCUGCAUUCCGCAACAUCAAGACUAUAGCUGAGUGCCUGGCUGAUGAACUGAUCAAUGCAGCCAAGGGUUCCUCCAAUUCCUAUGCCAUCAAGAAGAAGGAUGAGUUGGAGCGUGUAGCCAAGUCCAACCGUUAGAACUGUUGCUGGAGGUCCAAAGAAAAUAAAUUCAUUUUCAUACUGUU